AUGGAGGCGGCUAUGCUGGCGGCGAUGGCGGUGGUGCGGGUGGAGGAGGAGGAGGAGGAGGAGGAGGAAGAGGAGGAGGAGGAAGAGGAGGAAGAGGAGGAGGAAGAGGAGGAGGAGGAGGACGAUGACGCGGAAGCGGCGUGGGCUGGAACUGUCGAGCUGGCGGCUGGAGAGGCGGUGGUGGGUGUUAGCCACUGGAGAAAAAAUGGUCGUGGCCACUGGCGGCUUGCCGAGAAGCGGUGGUGGCCGCUGGUGUCUGGAAAGGCGGUGGUGGAUGCUGCUGCCGGCGUGCUCGCUGUUGUCUGA